ACCUCCAUGGGGACGGCAGAAGGCCCUUCCGGAUCUUACCUUAUGUACCUUCUUCUCCGGUUAUGCGUUCGUAUCCUUUAUAAUCAGAUGAGUUCUGAGUUCCGUGAGCCAUUUUGGCACAUUAUCAAACCCGAGGAGGGAGUCGUGGGCACCCCCGAGUUCAAAACUGAUCAGUCAGAGGUACGAAUGGCUCAGGACUUGGCAUCAGUAUAUGAAGUGAGACGGAACUCUUAAACCCAUUGGAUCGGAUCCCAAGUCCAGGAAGGCAACGUCAAAAUGGAAUUGAAUUGUUGCACACCCAGUUGGUGUGAGGGGAGAAAAAACAAACACUCACCUGCCAACUGCCUUCUGACCUUCAGCCAUGUUCAGCGUCCAGGCGCCUUACUUCUUCUCCAUGGGCCAUAUCCUCCUCUUCGUCUUCACGGCCUCUACCAUAUUUCACCUUCAGCAGCGGCUCGCGAAGAUUCGCCCCAGCUGGCAGUUUGAGACGCUGGUGUGGGCGCCCGCGGAAAACUCCUCGACGACGCCCCCGCCCCGGGGCGGCAUGUUCACCAUCAACGCCCAAGGGCGCCUGGGGAACCAGAUGGGGGAGUACGCCACCCUGUACGCCCUGGCCCAGAUGAACGGGCGGCCCGCCUUCAUCCCGGCCGAGAUGCACCGCGCGCUGGCGCCCAUCUUCCGGAUCAGCCUCCCCGUCCUGGACCACACCGCGGCCGGCAGGAUCCCCUGGCGGAACUACCCCCUGAACGACUGGAUGGAGGACCGCUACCGCCACAUCCCGGGCGAGUACGUGCGCCUCACCGGCUACCCCUGCUCCUGGACCUUCUACCACCACGUGCGCGACGAGAUCCGGCGCGAGUUCACCCUGCACGACCACGUGCGGGCGGAGGCCCAGGCGUUUCUGCGGCGGCUGCGGGUGGGCGGGCGGCGGCCGGGCACCUUCGUGGGCGUCCACGUGCGCCGCGGCGACUACGUGCACGUCAUGCCCCGCGUGUGGAAGGGCGUGGUCGCCGACCGCGGGUACCUGGAGCGGGCCCUGGGCUGGUUCCGGGCCCGCCACCGCGCCCCGGUCUUCGUGGUCACCAGCAACGGCAUGGCCUGGUGCCGCGAGAACAUCGACGCCUCCCGCGGCGACGUCGUGUUCGCCGGCGACGGCGUGGAGACCUCGCCGGCCAAGGACUUCGCGCUGCUCACGCAGUGCAACCACACGGUCAUGACCAUCGGCACGUUCGGGAUCUGGGCCGCCUACCUGGCGGGCGGGGACACCGUCUACCUGGCCAAUUACACCCUCCCGGACUCCCCCUUCCUCAAACUCUUUAAGCCCGAGGCGGCCUUCCUGCCCGAGUGGAUUGGGAUCUCGGCAGACCUGUCCCCGCUGCUCCACCACUGA